UCCAUAUGUCCUUGCCUCCUGUUGGAGCAUAACCCCACCCAACAACGCACAUUCCCCUACAAAUACCCAAUCUUAUCACACAGCCACAGUACAUCACAAACCAACGUCUUCAAACUACAUUUGGGCAGGAAGAAAGAAGAACUUCACCUCAUUUUGAAAAUUUCUGAGGACAGAGAAUAAAAGAAUGGGAUCUGCCGCAGUUCAGAUUGUAUGCGUGUCCCUCGGGGUCCUCGGCAUGAUUGGGGUCAUCAUAUCCUGCGCUGUCCCCCUCUGGAAGGUGACCUCCUUCACGGGAUCCAACAUCGUGACUGCACAGAGCAGUCAGGAGGGCCUGUGGACGACCUGUGUGGUGCAGAGCACCGGCCAGCAGCAGUGCAAGAACUACGACUCCCUGCUGGAGUUGCCCUCUGAACUGCAGGCCGCCCGCGCGCUGACCAUCAUCAGCUGCAUGUUCUGCUGCCUCAGCCUGCUCAUCCUCUUUUGCGGCGCCCGACUCACCAACUUCGUAGAGAACGAAGAACGUCAAAGCCCCAAGAUGAGCCUGGUGGCCGCGGUGGGCCUGCUGCUGGCGGGGCUCCUGGUGAUCAUCCCCGUCAGCUGAACCGCCCACAUUGUUUGCAAAAACUUCAACAACCCCCUGGUGGCCGCCACCCAGAAGAGGGAGCUGGGGGCGUGCAUCUACGUGGGCUGGGGGCCCGGCAUGCUGCUCCUCCUGAGCGGAGGUCUGCUCUGUUGCUUCAGCAGGUCCAAAUCCGGAGGCUCCGGUGGAACCGCCAAGUACUACAGCAACGGCGCCGCCUCCGCCCCCAAUAAGAACUACGUGUAGUGGCUUCAGGAAGGGGAGUGGUGUUUGACAAAAUAGAAGGGAGGGGGGGGGGGAUGAGGAAAAAGUGUCUGUAAAUACUAAAUACUGAUGAUAACUGUCUCAAAUUUCCGGUUUCAUUCGUCGUUAACUAAUUGUUUUGAGUCAUAAAUGGGUUGUGAAUAUGCUAUUUAAGAGAGAUACUAUUAUUUACAGUAUCUUACACAAUUCAUAAUCUUACAAUGAAACGUCGUUAUUUUCCUUGAAACGUUUGACGUUUGAUAAACGCGAAAAGCGAAUUAGUGAGAAGAGAACGUAAAAAAUCUAAACUCUACUGCUAAAAGACCUCUCCCGCCUUUUUAGACCCUUUUAAAACCUCAUAUUUUACCAAUAGUUAUUGAGCCCUGAGGCCUAUCUCAGAUCUGUGUGCAGUCCGUGUGACAUUUCAAACAUUUUAUAAAACAUUGUUACGUCUCAUUUUGCUUUGAUUCUCAUUUUGUAAGCUGAUCAGUAUAAAUUGAAUAAAAUUUGGUGUAAUUCAAA